UGUCCCGGAUGGGGCUCGCACCGGAAGAGAAGGGGCAGCUCUCCCAGCCAUCUUGUGGCAGCAUCCAGCGACCCGUUCGCAUUCAAGCCUCGUAGAAUCGGAGGUGAAUCCCGCUGAAGGGGCGCCAUCAUGCCCGGACACCUGCAGGAAGGCUUCGGCUGCGUCGUGACCAACCGGUUCGACCAGUUAUUGGACGACGAGUCCGACCCGUUCGAGAUCCUGAAGGCGGCCGAGAACAAGAAGAAGGAGGCGGCCGCCGCCGGGUCCACCAAGAGCGCGGCGCAAGCCGCCAAGCAGCCGAAGAAGGAGUCGCAGAAGGACCGAAAGAACCCGCUGCUGGACAAGAAGGAGGAGUCCCAGGCCGCGGUCCCGCUGAAGAAAGAAGGUAUCAGGCGAGUGGGCCGGAGACCAGACCAGCAGGGCCAGCCGGGCUCCCAGGCUCAGGGCGGGCAGGGUGAAGGGCGGCCCGGAGACAAGAGGCCGGACCGGAGACCUCCUCGCGAGCGGCGUUUCGAGAAGCCGGCAGAGGACAAGCCCGAGGGAGGAGGAGGAGGAGGAGAGUUCUCCGCAGACAACAGGCCUCCUGGAGACCGGCCCCCGAGAGGGCGUGGUGGCGGCGGACGAGGCGGGCGUGGUGGAAGAGGACGGGGAAUGGGGCGAGGCGAAGGCUUCGACUCCCGCGGGAAACGAGACUUUGACAGACACAGCGGCAACGACAAACCCAGUCAGAAAAGUGAGGAAAAGCGCAGCGGCAGCGGCUCACACAACUGGGGCAACGUGAAGGAGGAAGCGAGCGAGGCUGAACAGCCGGCUGCUCCAGAAGCGACCCCAGAGGGAGAAGAAAGUGCACCUGCCGGCUCUGAGAACAAGCUUUCCAGGGAGAACGAGGUGGAGGAGGUUAAAAACGAAGGCCCCAAAGAGAUGACCCUGGACGAGUGGAAGGCCAUGCAGGACAAGGAGCGCACCAAGGUGGAGUUCAACAUCCGUAAGCCCAACGAAGGAGCCGACAGCCAGUGGAAGAAAGGAUACGUGCUGCACAAGUCCAAGAGUGAAGAUAGGCCCGUCGGCGCUUUGAUCGACGCCGUGGAGACGGAAGCAGAGCCGACCCCGACCCCCGUGUACAACAAGCUGGGCCCCACUGACGAGUCCGCCGACCACCACUUCCGCAAGCCAGCCAAUGACAUCACAUCCCAGCUGGAGAUCAACUUCGGAGACCUGGGCCGCCCCGGACGCGGGCGCGGGGGAGCCCGCGGAGGCAGGGGGGGCCGUGGCGGAGGCGGUGGGGGCGGCGGCAGCAGGACGGCACGCGGAGGAGGACGGCCUGAAAAGGCCACUGGAGUGUCAGUCCCCAACGUGGAUGACCCUGAGGCCUUUCCGGCCCUGGCCUGAAGGCUCCUUUUCCACCACCAGCCCACCGAUCAGCCCUUCCGGGCCCCUCCUCUACGAGGCUUGCAUGCUUACAUCAUUCAAGUAUAUUAGAAAAGAAGAAAAAAAAAGAUUUUAAAUGACAAAAAAAGAGACUCAUUCCAUACCUCUCGCACCACCAGGGGACUUAAAAUUGUACCAGUUUUAAAAAGGAGAACAAAAGACAAAAAAAGGCGAGAAAAGGACCUCUUGUUACACUGAAGUUUUGUAUUUAGAAACAUGAAAGCAGGGAUGUUUUCAUACCUUUUGUUUUUCAGAGAUUAUGCAUACUCAUUGAUAUUUUUUUGUGCAACUUAAAUUAAUGCGUUUAUGCGAUUAGGUUGAAAGUGUGUUUAUCUCUUGACGCUUUUUUUCCCCUCAUGACUUCAGCUCAGUAUUAUAUGGUCAUCUUAGACGAUACUUUUUACUGGAGCUUUUCCCUUCCAGUGAUACACACUGAUGUGGUAGCACUACACUACAUAGCAUAGGUGUACUAGGUAUCUGAAGCAUGGCUAAACAUGCAUUUCAAGUGUAAUUACUCUGAUCCUGACUACCCAUCCCAUGGCGAGGCACAAAUUCCAGAUGGGUGACCAGGCAAAGGGACUUCCUACUAAAGCUAGUUAUUUUUCUGCUUGUUGUGCAGUGAAAGUAACUGCCUCUUUUCCAAUUUAUUUUGAUAGCUUGCUUUUUAUUUGGUGGACCAGUGGUUAGUGAUGCUUUGUAACCCCUGAUCCAGAUGUGCUACCUGUGUUUUCAGGGUGUCCCGAGGCCCAAUGUGUAUAUCUUUAGGCUGGUCCUGGUAGGGCAUAAAGACUAUGCUACUUUUACUUCAGGACCACUAAGCAAAUAUUGUAUUUUUUUGUUAAGUGCGUGUGUGAGUGUGUGUGUGUGUGAGACAGACUGUGAAUUUAAUAGGUAGUUACUUAGAAUUUAAGUAUUCCUCUGCUCUGAACUUGCCUCUGUCAAAAUAGAAGACAAGUUAUCUCCUGAAGUAGUUUAUACUGUCUAUUUGGACAUGAUUGUUGGAAUAUAAGUGAGUGAUACACAAGACUGGACAUAUGCGGUAUCUCUAAUGUCUUUCUGAGCACUUUGUUUUAUGGGCACUGGUACUCUAAAGAUUGUUUCUCUUCCCCCCCCCCCCCCCCCUCCCGUGAACCAUAUUUGCUGUUUUUUUAUUUUAUCAGUGCUGCAGCACCAGUGCAUAUGUGAUCUGAAAUAAAAGUUUGGCUGUCAAAGUCAACAAUCUCAAGCUAGAGAAUGUAACGUUACGGUGCUUUUAGCCACCUGUGUCAGCAUUUCCAGUGAGCAUUUUCUUUUAAUGAAGUGGGUAUAUUUCACUUUGGUUAUAAGGGGGGGUGGGGGGGGGGGUGUAAGGACAUGCUCGAAUAAAUUUAAAGCUGUACAAGCUGUUUUGCAAAUACUUGCUGGUGAUGCACUGAUACAGACGGCUGGAGCAGUUUUUCUUGUUGGACUGUUUGAGCCACAUAACGGUGAAACGUUCUCUGCAAACAUCGCUGUUCUAAUAAAUUGCUUUAGAGGUGUUACGUGUA